UAAAAUGUUCCCAUUCCUGUGCACACAGCAUAUCUUGCCGACUGACUGACCCUUCAGCAAAACAUAGAAUAGUGAAUAUAUAAUACUCUUAAAUUGUCAAAUGUUUGUACAGUAGUUUAUACAGUCCUCUUGGAAAAUUGAAAUGUUGUCGUCACUAACAAGGUUUCGAUGUGUUGCAACAUCAUCAGUUUCAUUAGCAAAUAGCUACACCGCAUUAUUAAAUCCCCCGAUAAGCGUAUGCUCCAGAAGUAUUCACACGGCUUCAAACUCAUUAGGAAUUUUUGGGUUUGGUAACCCACAUGAAGAGCCGCUAAUCAAAAGAAUUGCCAGAAAAUUUGGAUGGAGCGAAUCAUCUAAAUCGUAUCUUCGAGCCACUGGUUACUUAAUGUAUAUAAAGGUUGCAGAUGAAGUAAGCUACUUGAAUUUCUUCAAACACUGUGAGCUGGAAGACACCUUCAUAUCUUGGUUCACGGUUGUGGAGUUACACUUGUGGCUUUUAGGGGCGCGGAUAAUGCAGGAGGGGGCGGACGGACGGGUGGUUCGAAAUUCCAUGUUUCAAGCUUUGUGGGAGGAUUGCGAUCUCAAAUCCAAGAAACUGGAUGGCGCUCUGGCUUCUGCAAGAAAAAGGCAAAUUCUAGAAUUGGGCGACCAGUUUCAAGCCACUCUCGUUUCCUAUGACGAAGGCCUACUAGGAAACGAUGUCGUUUUGGCAGGUGCUCUUUGGAGACGUUUUUUGCAAAGGAAGAAAAACAUGCAGAGAUGUCCUGAAGAGUUACUUCGAGAUUCUCUAGCUUUAGAAAUGCUAGUCAUAUAUGUUAGAUCUCAAUACUAUAACCUCAAUGAAGUAGGAAAGUUGCAAUUAUUGCGAAGAAAAUUUGAAUGGACAGAGUUUGACGAGUCCUUACUUAGAUUAGUGGAUAAUAAUGUCGGACAGAAGAAAAUCAUUAACAAAUCUGUAUAACGUUAUUUGUCUUUGUAGCUUUCGUAGUGUAUCGUUUUUAUUGCAUAGCAAUAAUGUCUAAUCGACAUUGUUCUGCUUCAACUCCGUAGAUGCUAGAUAUGAUAAAUAAAUAAAUAAUUCUGAGGAAUUAAAUAAAACUUGUAUAACGAAUUCAUAUAAUAAUAAAUAUACGAAAUAUA